GUCGUGCACUGCAUCGUCACAUCGACGAUAGAUUAGACGUCUGCACACGCUGCUGCCAAUACGAGUACCUAUGGUGGUGCCUGUUAAUUGCACUACUCCAGGUUUGCCCGGGCCAUGGCAGACGAAUGGGAAGUUGAGGACCAGCUUGUGGUUGUUGAAUUGUCUGGAAUAAUUGAUUCUGACUUUUUAACUAAAGGGGUUGAUAAAUGCAAGAUUUUGGGUAUUGACAGUGAACAGCCCAUAAUGCAAGUGGGCAGGUACGUGUUUGCUGGGGAAUAUGAAGAUGCUUUAGGAUCAUGUGUCAUAUUUGAUGAAAAGAAGGAAGAAGAUGCACUUACAGAAUCCCCAUCCCAGCUGAAAUAUAAAUGUCACACAAUCAAGAAGCUUAUGAUGAAACGAACAUUUCUGUCUGAAAUUAAAGAAGGAGAGAGCCCAUCAGAAGGCAUUGAGGUUCUGCAACUAACUGAGGACAAUACCGCCCACAGAUCUAGUAGUAUCUGUAAUUAUCUUCCAGACUCUAAACGUGCAGAAGUAAACGCUGAGGAUAACGAGUCUCAUGAAGACCUACAUCAAAGCUCAGACUCGGAUGAUGAGAUAAUUAAUACGGAGGACAGUGUCUGCUGUGAACUAGAAAACAGUAAACCUGAAAUAGAUGUUUCAAAUAUUGAAGAACAAAAACCUUGCAUGGACAGUGAAUUUAGUCAGGUUUUGGAUAAAAGUGCAUCUGAUGUACCACUCAUGACCACUGCAGAGAAUAAUCCAAAUGAGACAGAGAAUGACCUUAGCCAGGAACUGAACAUCAGUACAGCAGAUUUGGAAUAAACUAGUAUACAGCAUGCAUGUAAGAAGACCCUUACCUGAAAACAGCAUUCCACACUAGCUGAAUGGACUCUUUACCCAACAACAAAGUAAAGUAUGUAUUUUUAGAUUUUGUUCAAAUAAAAUAAUACUGUUGAAUAAUUGUUUUUUGUUUAUCACAGUGCAAUAUGUUCAAAAUUAUGGUAAAAAUGAAAACUGAAAAUGAAAGUACUUCACUUUCCAGACAAAAAUAUAUUCAUGAAGUUUAUCUUGAAAAUCUUUUUUAUUAUAUUCAUAGUAUUGUUCAUUAUUUGUUUUUUAAAGAGGUGGUUUGUAAGCAAGAAAAAAAGUU